UCUUUCAUCUGUACGGUGUCCAUUUUAGGCGUAACUCCGUCCUCCGUCAGGUGAAACAGCAUCCCGCCUCCUCCCUCGGGCCAAUCUCCAUCAGGCGUCAGCCGCAAUUCUUUGUCAUCCUAAAGUCUCUCAUCCGAAACUCCGUCAUCGCUCAAAAAACAAUCCUGCCGUGUAGCAGAGCAGAGUCAGUUCUCUACUAUACGGGUUCUGCCGUACACGCUAUUCAAUGUCGGCUCUGCUAUACAGACUUUGUAGCACAUGUAGUGUCUGUAGUACAUGUGCAAGUUUCACAGUUUCGACUGCUAUACAUGCUGUGCAGCGUCGCCUCUGCAUUGCAGCAGGAAGUUGCAUCUGAGGCAGAAUCGUCUGAGGCAUGACAGCGUUUUGGAUGAGGGAGUUGUGACUGAAGGAGGAUGGCGAUUGGUGUGAGGGAGGAGGCGGGACGCCGUUUCACCUGACGGAGGACGGAGUGGCGGCUGACGGCGAUUGGUCCGAGGCGGGACGCCGUUUCACCUGACGGAGUUUCACGAAUGGAGUUAUGGCUGACGACUGACAAUGUCCUAAAAUGGACACUGUACAGCUGAGGUACCACACUGUGACAGACUACCGCCCUAUGUGAACAUGGUACUGAUUAUGUAUCGCGCAUACACGCCAUUGUAUUGUUUAUGAGGCCCUAACGACCCAGAAAGAAGCCACCUCAGAGGACAUUAGAUGCAGAACCCUAGAGUUGCAGUAUUGUGCUUGGAGCACACGGAACCCCUAUCAUAAGGCUCCCCUGUAGGGCGCUCAGGGAGUAAGCUCCCGGCCUGGAGGCGCGCUUCACAGCAGUACCGCCCUGGCCUCAUCCCGUGGAGGGCUCAGAGCUCCCGGCCAGGCACAUGAUCUGGAGCGAAGCAGAGGAAGAAGGAGGGAGGGUCGGCUCUCUGGAGAGGAGGAGCGGCCAGAGACACGUCAGGAGGGCUCCGAGAAAGUGAAAGGAAGCGGCUACACAGAACCUGUACACUUCCCCUGAACUAGCUGCGGUACUGAGCGUCCGUAACAGCUCCUCACAAGCCUGCAGGGGGAUGUGUCCAUGGGGAGAAGUCUACACUACUUGCCGUGUUAGUUGAGUUCAUGCUUGGCCAGAUCACGAGUCUCAUGCCAUGAGGAUCCGCUUCAGAAGAUGCUCACUUAUUGUGAAGGCCUUUGUGUUGGUUGGACUCUUCAUGGUUACCUAUAUGGUGGUGGAACUUUCCGUUUCCUCCUUCUCCUCCUUAGAUAAAGAUGAUCAUACUGCGAAAAAGAGGUGGGAAAGAGAUUUACCUGCGACUGAGGAUAAAUUUGAGGACUUAAGCCGUCCACUAUACAAUAAACCUCCCCCAAAUCCAAAUGCACCUGGAGAAUGGGGCAAAGCAGCUAACCUGCAGCUCAAUAUUGCUGAAAAGAAGAUGCAGGAGGAAAGCAUUGAAAAGUAUGCCAUAAAUAUUUAUCUGAGUGACCAGUUAUCAUUACAUCGGCAUAUCCAGGAUAACAGGAUGUAUGAGUGUAAGUCCAAAACUUACAAUUACAGGAAGCUUCCAACCACUUCUGUCAUCAUUGCAUUUUACAAUGAGGCAAUGUCAACUUUACUCCGCACAAUACACAGUGUCUUAGAAAUGUCUCCAUCAGUUCUUUUAAAAGAAAUCAUAUUAGUUGAUGACUUCAGCGAUAAAGUUUUUCUAAAGUCUCAGCUUGAAAACUACAUCAGUUCACUGGAAAGAGUCCGUUUAAUUAGGACAACAAAGCGUGAAGGACUUGUACGAGCGCGACUUAUUGGUGCAACCUAUGCAAUUGGUGAUGUGCUUACAUUCCUGGACUGCCAUUGUGAAUGUGUCACUGGCUGGCUGGAACCACUACUUGAGAGAAUUGGAGAAAAUGAAACAGCAGUUGUCUGUCCUGUAAUUGACACCAUUGAUUGGAACACCUUUGAGUUUUACAUGCAGACUGGUGAACCCAUGAUAGGUGGCUUUGACUGGAGAUUGACUUUUCAGUGGCAUGCAGUACCAGAACAAGAGCGUCAAAGAAGAAAGUCUAGAAUAGACCCUAUAAGGUCUCCCACUAUGGCGGGUGGACUGUUUGCUGUAAGCAAGAAAUAUUUUGAAUACCUUGGAACUUAUGACACAGGCAUGGAAGUGUGGGGAGGAGAAAACCUGGAACUUUCAUUCAGAGUUUGGCAGUGUGGUGGGACUCUAGAGAUCCAUCCUUGUUCUCAUGUCGGACAUGUUUUUCCCAAGAAGGCCCCGUAUGCUAGACCAAACUUUUUACAGAAUACUGCCCGUGCUGCUGAAGUGUGGAUGGAUGAUUAUAAGGAGCAUUUCUACAACAGAAACCCACCUGCUAGAAAGGAAAAAUAUGGAGAUAUUUCUGAUCGAAAAAUAGUCCGAGACAGACUGCAGUGCAAGAGUUUUGAUUGGUACUUGAGAAAUGUUUUUCCAGAUCUACAUGUGCCAGAAGAUCGUCCUGGCUGGCAUGGGGCGAUCCGCAGUAUCGGCAUAACUUCGGAGUGUCUAGAUUAUAAUGCACCAGAUCAUAACCCUACAGGGGCUCAUAUUUCUCUGUUUGGAUGUCAUGGACAAGGAGGCAAUCAGUUUUUCGAAUAUACAACCAAACGUGAGAUUCGUUUUAAUUCGGUCACUGAAUUGUGUGCAGAAGUCCCAGAACAUGAAACGUAUGUAGGGAUGAGAAAUUGUCCUAAAGAUGGUAGUCCUGCGCCUCAUAACAUUAUUUGGGAGUUUCGACUUGAUGGAACAAUAUAUCAUCCUAAUUCAGACAAAUGCCUUAGCUCGUAUCGUACAUCAGAGGGUCGUGCAGAUGUGCAGAUGCAGCCUUGUAACUCCUUGGAUAAGAAUCAGCUUUGGAAGUUUGAAAGGUAGAAGAAAAUGGCUGGAAUCCACAAAUAUGCACAAGGGGCGGAAUAGAAAUGUCUUCAGUUUACAUAAAAAGCUCCAAGCCCAGAAGAUAUAAUUUCACAAAGGCAGGUUAACUUGACUGACCUAAUAUUUGCCUGACUGCAUUUCAGCAGAAAGCCUUGCCAGCAUUUAACAAUACUCUCCAUUUUCUUAAGUGCCUUUUUGUACAUGAUGGUACAUAACACAAUUGUUUAUGGCUGUUGAUAUGUUUAUUUAUUUGUAUGUGAUUUGUGAGUAAUGUUGAAUUUUAGAACUUAUUUUGGUGUAAAAGAAGGUUUUCUUCAGUGCCACUUCUUUAUAUCAUAUGAAAAUGUGCAACAGUACAUUAGCUUGCUCUGUGUCCUUGCCAGGCACUUAAAUAGUGCACAAUGUGUGACCGAAACAAUGACAAAAAAACUAUUUGCAUUUCCUGUAGAAAACCAUUUUGUUUAAAGUUUGUACAUUGCUUUUGUGAAGGAACAAAAAAAAUAUGCAGGUGCCUGCAAGUAUUUCUGUUAACCGAUCAGAGGUAUAGAGAAUCAGAGAAUCCACAAGGCUCUAACAAAGACCAGCCCUAAAUAGUACCAUGGGGUCCAGCCGAGGACAACAUUUCCUGUGGAUAAUUUACUACUAGAAUUUUAUCUUUUCCACAUCAAGCCUUUUGGUUAUGAUUCAUAUGUUUGCAAUGAAAUAUAGUUUAUAUUGUUAUAUUGUAAUUCAAAGUGCACAUGCACUAUUUGUAUGCCUGGAUAGUGGCCUAUAGAUAAAUUUCAUGAGAUUACCCACUGUAUAGAAUAAAGUAUCAUAUUCUUGACAGCAGGUAUCAUACGUUAUAUAGAAAUCUCCUAUAGGACUACAAUUCCUAGUCGAAAUCCAAAAAGUGUACAAUUUCCAGUCAUAUUAAUUGUGUGUGUGUAUGUAUAUAUAUGUGUGUGUGUAUAUAUAUAUAU